AUGCUUCCAAGAGCCUACAUUAUUGGUCUACUUUGCUCCACGCGUGUCGCGUACGGAGCGUCCGAUUCUCCGAACAGCGCUUUCAAGCCUUAUACAAUCCAAGCACCAAAUAUCUCCGCAACAUUUAUCUCCUAUGGAGCUCGUCUCACUUCUCUACUUGUUCCGGACCGCAACGAAACGGUACACACCUAUUAUGGCGCCGUCGUCGGCCGCUAUGCCAACCGUAUCAAGAACGGCACAUUUACGGUUGACGGAAACAAGCAUCAUGUUUCACUCAACGGUCCGCAUGGCCUCUACACCCUUCAUGGGGGUACCGUCGGAUACGACCAGCGGAAGUGGAAUGUGUCCAGCUCCACAUGGUCGUCAAUCACAUUCUCCUUGUACGAUCCCGGCUUCGAAGGUUUCCCCGGAGACGCUAUUACAAAUGCCACCUACACAGUAUCGUCUGGUGCCGAUGGUCUUCCCCAAUUGACGACGGAGUUGACUUCCAUAUCACUCACACAAAAGACGCCAAUAAUGCUUACAAACCAUAUUUACUGGAACCUGAAUACGUUCCUUGCGCCAACGAUUGAGCACGAUACCUGGCUUCAACUGCCACUAUCUCACCGGCUGGUUGGCGUGGAUAACAUCGAGGUCCCAACCGGCAAACUAUUUGAUGUCACCACUUCUUACGGUGGCUCGGCGGAUUUUCUCAAAGGCAAGCUUAUCGGUGCAGACAUCAAGAAAACAUCAGGGCUCUGUGGUCAGAACUGUUUAGGAUAUGAUGACUGUAUGAUCGUGGACCGUCCCCCAAAGUAUGAGCCAAAUGCGUUAGUACCAGUGGUUCGGAUGAACUCCAAGCUCACAGGCAUCUCGAUGGAACGCAUGAGCGACCAAAAAGCAGUUCAUAUUUACACUUGCAACGGAGUUGGGCCUUCCCCUGUUAAGCAAUCUCAAAUCAAGCGAAAUAAGGCCAAGGGCCAUGCAGGUGUGGACUUCGUUCACAGUCAUGGUUGCAUUGCUAUCGAGCCUUAUGGUUGGAUUGAUGGAAUCAAUAAUUCUCAGUGGGGCCAGAGACCUUUCCAGAUAUUUGGACCCGAGGAAGGGCCGGCGAGGAAUCUGGCUGUCUAUAAGUUUCGGACUAUUCCUUGA